CCAAAACUAUCUUCAAGAAGCCAAACAUCUGAACCGGAAGUGAGGGACAGGAAGUAGACCGCGGAAGACCACAAGGUUACACCCAAGCGUGGGUUCCGAGGACUCGAAAUCUGCGGUGCCAACCGAUUUAGGGCGGUGGGGAAGGGUCCUGACACAAAUGGCUUUCCCUGAGCCCAAACCGCGGGGCCCGGAGCUGCCGCAAAAACGAGUGAAGACGCUGGACUGCGGGCAGGGGGCAGUGCGAGCUGUACGAUUUAAUGUGGAUGGCAAUUACUGUCUGACGUGCGGCAGCGACAAGACCCUGAAGCUGUGGAACCCGCUGCGGGGGACGCUGCUGCGGACCUACAGUGGCCACGGCUACGAGGUGCUGGACGCGGCCGGCUCCUUUGACAACAGCAGUCUCUGCUCCGGCGGCGGGGACAAGGCGGUGGUGCUGUGGGAUGUGGCGUCAGGGCAGGUCGUUCGCAAAUUCCGGGGCCACGCGGGGUCCUCCAAAGUCCAGCCUCCUCUGAGUGGCAAUUCCUGUUUCUCAGAAGGUGAACACGGUCCAGUUCAACGAAGAGGCCACGGUCAUCCUGUCUGUAUACGCUGCUGGGACUGCCGAUCUCGAAGGCCUGAGCCAGUGCAGACGCUGGACGAAGCCAGGGAUGGCGUAUCCAGUGUGAAGGUGUCGGACCGUGAGAUCCUGGCAGGCUCCGUGGACGGCCGGGUGAGGCGCUACGACCUGAGGAUGGGGCAGCUCUUCUCAGACUACGUGGGCAGCCCCAUCACUUGUACCUGCUUCAGCCGGGACGGGCAGUGCACCCUGGUGUCCAGCCUGGACUCCACGUUGCGGCUUCUAGACAAGGACACCGGGGAACUGCUGGGCGAGUACACGGGCCAUAAGAACCAGGAGUACAAGCUGGACUGCUGCCUGAGUGAGCGUGACACACACGUGGUCAGCUGCUCCGAGGACGGGAAGGUGUACUUCUGGGACCUGGUAGAGGGUGCCCUGGCACUGGCCCUGCCCGUGGGUCCUGGUGUGGUGCAGUCACUGUCCUACCACCCCCUGGAGCCCUGCCUGCUGACUGCCGUGGGGGGCAGCGUCCACUGCUGGCGGGAAGAGGCUUAUGAGGCGGAGGGUGGCACGGGCUGAAGUCGGGGGACCCGCCGCCACCAAGGGCACAGACUCCGGGCUCACAGAGACCAUUUAUUGGAGACCUGCUGCUGACCAAGGAGUGAGGGGAGAACUGCACGCUAAUAAAUAGAGGGGAGGCUUCGCUGGUGCGGUA